AUGCCCGAAACCUACGGUGUCCAACCUGGCUCUCUAAAAGAGGCGCUUAGUAAGUCUACCUGUCACUUGUGGGAAAAUAAAGGUCUCCGUCUUCAGGUGACCAAUUCAAAGGUCAUCAAUGAGCAGUCCGCCACCGACAGAAGAUACAGGUGUGUUAUAAGUGAUGGUAAGUAUUCGAUCCAGGGCUUGAUUGACGCCCGUUGCAACGCGUAUUUGGAAGCAAAUGGGUUUGCUCGUUUCUCUAUUAUCACCGUGAAACUGUUUACAGUGGCUAAGACCUUGAAGAGAAUUGUGCUUAUUUCGGACCUCACUGUGGACGUGCCAAAGACCGAGAGGAUCUCUUCGGACUUGACCUCUCUCGACACCUAUUUUGACCAGCACCCAGAAGAAGACACUGCGACAAGUGUUACAGGGAACCAGGGUGCUCUGCUGAGCAACAGCCCACAGCCUCAGCAACAGCCUCAGAAAGCUAAGCAAGCGCCUAAUCAGCAAUCACGGGGACGUGGUCCUGAAAGACCUGUGAAUCCUAUUGAGUCAUUGUCUCCCUACCAGAACAACUGGACCAUCAAGGGUCGUAUUUCUUAUAAAGGUGAGAUCAGAACAUGGUCCAACAGUAGAGGUGAGGGUAAGCUUUUUAAUGUGAACUUUUUGGAUGAGUCUGAUGAGAUCAGAGCCACUGCUUUCAAUGACAUGGCUGAUAAAUUCUACAACUUAUUGGAAGAGGGUAAAGUCUACUACGUCACAAGAGCGCGUAUCCAGCAAGCCAAACCAAAGUUUUCUCAUUUAAGUCACCCAUAUGAGUUGUCUUUGGACAAAGACACGGAAAUUACCGAGUGUUUUGAUACUGCGGACGUUCCAAAGAUCAAUUUCAACUUCACCAAAUUGAGUGACAUCCAGAAUGCCGAAAAGGAUGCUAUACUUGACGUCGUGGGUGUGAUCAAAAACGUCAACGAGGUGUUCCAAAUUACUGCUAAAUCUACAGGUAAGCCAUUCAACAGAAGAAAUAUCACUAUCGUUGAUGAUUCUAACUUUGCUAUUGACGUGGGCUUGUGGAACGCCACUGCAGUGGAUUUCUCUAUCCCAGCCGGAUCCGUAGUAGCUAUCAAGGGUGUGAAAGUUCAAGACUUUGGUGGCAGAUCAUUGAGUUUGACUCAGGCUGGAAGUAUCAUGAGCAACCCUGACAUACCUGAGGCUUACCAAUUGAAAGGAUGGUACGAUAACAAGGGCGUCAACGAGAACUUCCAAAGCAUGAAGAUUGAGUCCGGUGCUGCAGACUCCGUGGCUAACAGAAAGACAAUUUUGGAAGCAGAGCAGCAAGAAUUGGGAACGAAGGAAAAGCCUGAUUAUUUCUCUGUCAAAGCAACCAUAAACUAUUUCAAGACUGAUAACUUCUGCUACCCUGCUUGCAACAACGAGGUCAAUGUAUCUUCCAGAGGCCCUACCCCUUGCAAUCGUAAAGUUAUUGAGGACGGUGGUUCUUGGAGAUGCGAAAGAUGUAACCUUACUUAUGCUGAGCCUCACUACAGAUAUAUCUUGAACUGUUCCAUAAUGGAUCACACCGGCCAAAUUUGGGCCACUCUCUUCGAUAACGAGGCCAAAUCACUCUUCCAGGUGAGUGCUAAUGAGUUGUUGCAGAUGAAGGAGGCAGAAAUGAGUGACGUUCAUGACUUCUCCAAAUUGGUCGAUUCUGUGACAAUGAAGGAAUUCAACUUCAGAUUAAGAGCCAAGCAGGAGAGUUUCAAUGGUAACAUGAGAGUCAGAUACAAUGUGGUGCAAAUCAAUGAGAUUGAUUUCAACACCGAAGGUCUUCAUUUGGCCAAACAAUUGGAGUCUGUUUUAUGA